AUGCAAAGACUUGUUUUUGUUUUUGCGGUGUUGGUUACUUUUGUGAACGCAAAACUGUCAGCAACUGGAUGUGAAAUGUUUAACUGUAAGCUUUCAACUCAAAAGUUUAACAAUAAUACUUGUGUCUAUUGAAGCCAAAAAGCUGACAGUUAUUAUGUGCAGCCAUGCACUGGGAGCGCUAGUUUUUGUCCACCGAAUCAUGAUAGUAAUAGCACAUGCAUUGUCCCUCAAAAUUUCACUGGACAAGCAUGGCCUGGAGAGAAGUGCAAUGCUACAGUAACCUGCAAUGGUUAUGCUACUAAAGGUUGUGUAAAUGGAAUCUGCAAAGGUGCAGGAAAUGGAGACAGUUGUCAAGACAGCAAUUCCUGCAACCCAGGACUUUUUUGUGAUGGGAGCACCCAUUUUUGUUCUCCACAAAUCCAGAUUGGGCAAAUUGGCUGCAGCUCGGAUUUUAUGUGUGUAAACGGAGCUGGCUGUGAUUUUACAGGAAACCCAGCCACAAGUAAAUGUGUUGCUUAUUUAUCUCUUGCCCCUCACACUGCAGUAGCUCAAUGCCAAGUCAACCAAAAUCGUCUUUGUUCAUCUUUAACAUGUGCCCAGCUAGGUGGUAAAAACUACUGCACAAAUCCAGUCAAGUCUUAUGCCUUUCUUCCAAUGGUAUGUGAUGAUAAUUCAGAAUGCACCUCUACAACAGAUUCCUUCUUUGGGAACAACUUCGAUUUAACCUCUUCUUGCGACUGUGCUUUGAAUCCUAAUGGAAACAAAUACUGUGCAUUAUUCCCUGGAGAUCAGCCAGCCCAGCAGUUUAUAAGCCAAUUGUCAUUGUGGUACCAGAGUACUGAAAUGAAUAAUUGCAAUACAUUGAGAAGACAUAGUGAUGGGUGCAUGAUGAGCUGGUGGGAUGCCAAAAAUACUGCUUACUACAAUUACUACAAUUUGAACUAUAGGAUGUAUUCAUUUGUGCAAAAUAUGCCUGAUUGCGUCGCUCAAGUGUAUGCUCCAGAGUAUUAUUAUGCAAAACAACAGUAUCAGCAGUAUCAAAAUUAA